ACUUGCGAAAUACUCAGUCUUUCACGGUACUUUCUCACGUAAAGAUGAUCUUCAGAGUGGGUUUCUUAACGUUUGCGCUCAUAGUUUCAGGUGUUAUUUCGUCAGAAGAAAAUGAAUUUAACGUUGGCAACCUGGACUUUACGUUAAAGUUCUUCCGCAAACACUACAACUCGUCCAGUAACUCGAUCGUGUCCCCGAUUUCGGUUCGAUUGGCGUUGGCAGCCCUGUACCAAGCGACUGGACCCAAGCUGGAUCCCACCUUUCAGCAAGCAAUCAGCAUUCCCACUAAAAAUAAGAAGAAAAUUGCGGACGACAUUCGUGCAUUUCUGGAAACGACCAACAGUGAACAUCUCCGAGUUUUGUUCAAAGCCUACAAACUAGACAACGCGCUUGAUCCGACGUUCGAAAAGACUUUGCAGGACGUGUUUGGAACGAGCAUCGAUACCGUUGAUUUCAGGGACAGGGUAAAGGUUACCAACGUGGUCAACAGGUGGGUAUCGGACGCAACGAACCAGCUGAUCGAGAAGUUCGUCGAGGAAAGCAGCAUCGAUCCUUCGACGGAGUUCAUGCUUAUCAACGCCGUUGCUCUGGAAGCUCGCUGGGCUAACAAGUUCACCCUGAACCAAACUCGUCAGAUGACGUUCCACUUUGAAAAUGGUGAUCGCGAGGUACAGAUGAUGAGUCAGGUCAUGUCGGUGUCGUACAAAAUAGCUGAGGACUUUCAUGCAGCCGAACUGCUCUACACGGAGAAAUCAGAUCUUUCAAUGUGGAUCAUCUUGCCCCGGGGUCGAGGCUCGUUGGGAGAUCUGGUCGGUUCGCUGACGCCCGAACUACUCGCGAACAUCCGGUUGGGCGCGAAGACGGUUUCACUGAACGUGGAGCUGCCACGGUUCACGAUCCGGAACGAGUUCGACGUCAACCAGGUGCUCGAAAAGAUGGGCCAUGGUGGACUGUUUGGCAACGCGGACCUCCAGGUGUUCGCUGGAUCAAAGUCGGAGAUCGACGACAUUUUCCAGAGCGCGGUUAUCAAAGUGGACGAGGAAGGCACGGAAGCAUCGUCCGGAACUAGGGUCAACGUGAAAUGGCGCGUCGGACCGCGGCCGUUCUUUGCCAACAAGCCGUUCAUCUUUUUCAUACAAAAGCGCUCGACAAAUACGAUUCUAUUCAUAGGACAAUAUUCGAACCACGAGGACUACAGAUUAGCGCGGCCCUGGAGGAAGGAAGAACAAGCGCGAAAGAAUUCAUUCACCUGGUCUGGUCUCAAAUUGGCUCGAAACUACGACGACGCCAAGGUGUUAACUGGCCACGGCCCGCUGGACCAUCCCGAAGCCGGGCGGGGGCCAUCUCUCGCCAGUCAUCGGCCGGGGUUCGACCUGGUUAGAAAGUUGCGCGCGAUGCUAAUUAAGGCGGUUGUACCGUUGGUUUUCGUCACGAUCGCCGUUGUAGUCGGUGCCGACGGGCCGGACUUUAGCUUCGGCGAUGCGGACUUUUCCGUUGAGUACUUCAAGGCGGCGUUCAAUGCGUCCCGGAAUGAGGUUGUGUCCCCGCUGUCGAUUCGGCUAGCGUUGGCCGCGUUCUACCAGGUGGCCGGAUCGGUGGUGGAGCAAACCAUCCAGAGGGCGUUCUAUCUACCGCUUGAGAAGUCAGUGGCCAGCGAGAAUGCCGCUGGAUUCCUGGAAGAGGUCAGUACUAACCAGCAGCUGCAGGUUGCAUUUAAAGUGCUGAAAAACCAAGAUCUUUUGUCGGAUGAGUUCGCCUCAACGCUGAGCAAGGUAUUCAAAACUGCUCCGGAAAGUGUCGAGUUUGCCGACAAGCGUUCCGUCGUGACCUCGGUCAACACGUGGGCAAACCGCGCUACGAACGGUCAAAUCCGAAACUUCCUCAAAGAAGACGAGCUGGACACCAACACGGAGUUGAUCCUGCUCAAUGCGGUAUCUCUCAAGGCUUCAUGGGCCGAAAGGUUCUCCGAGGCCAAAACUGAUCGUCAAAGUUUUGCCUUCCGUAACGGAAUCCGUCCAGUCGACAUGAUGCACGAAACGGUGGAAGUGCUGUACAAGGUCGCUCCCGAAUACCACGCCGUUCAGAUCCCGUACAACGAAGAGAGCGACCUGUCCAUGUGGAUCCUGGUUCCACGCGGACAAGGCAACUUCGACUCUCUUGUUGCUUCCCUCUCCUCUGACCUGCUGGACGACAUCGAAACAACGGCGAUGCCACGGGCCGUGGACAUUUCGCUGCCAAGGUUCCAGAUCCGAUCGGAACUGCCGGCCAAGAAAAUCAUCGAGAAAAUGGGCUUCGAACAACUUUUUGCCGAGAGUGACUUUAGCAUCUUUAAGAACCGCAAGUCGGAACUCAGUGAUCUACGCCAAAGUACUUUCCUGCAGGUCAACGAAGAAGGCACCGAAGCUGCCGUGGUUUCAUCGGCCACCACGAAGUUCCGCGCGAAAAACGCCCAGUUCAACGCGAACCAACCGUUCGUGUUCAUCAUCAAGAAGAUCUCCACCGAUACGAUCGUGUUCAUCGGACACUACUCAAACUUCGAGCAGCAACAGUAAUACCGUUGAAUAAAUUUCCUCAAACAAGAAUCAA